AAGAAGAAGAAGAAGAAGAAGGAGGGAACGUUUCUUCCGGCCCGGCGAGGCAGCGUUUUGUUCCUACCGCAGUGCUGUUUUGCCGAAAGGUUUACUAUUUAAACGUGUAAUGUACCUAUUAACUUUCAGAUUCGGUUCAAGAGUUGACAUUCAAGUGUCCCGGCAAAUCAACAUGUUGUCCGUCGCAGAAUCCCAGCGAAUGGUUUGGGUGGACCUGGAGAUGACAGGUUUGGACAUUGAGAAGGACCAGAUAAUUGAGAUGGCCUGCAUUGUCACUGACUCAGACUUGAAUAUUCUGGCUGAGGGUCCCAACUUGAUUAUUAACCAGCCAAACACGCUGCUGGAAGGGAUGUCAGAUUGGUGCAAAGAGCACCAUGGAAAGUCAGGACUGACGCAGGCUGUACAGGACAGUAACAUCACCCUGGAGCAGGCACAGUACGAGUUCCUGUCCUUUAUCAGACAGCAUACCCCGCCUGGACAGUGUCCCCUUGCCGGAAACUCUGUGCAUGCCGACAAGAGGUUCCUGGACAAGUACAUGCCCCAGUUUAUGUAUCAUCUUCACUAUCGAAUUGUUGAUGUCAGCACCAUUAAGGAACUUUGCAGGCGGUGGUUUCCAGAGGAAUUCAAAAUGGUGCCUCUCAAGAAAGCAGCCCACAGGGCCUUGGAUGACAUCCACGAGAGCAUCAAAGAGCUGCAGUACUACAGAGCCAGCGUCUUCAAAGCUUCAGAGGACCAGAAGCACAAGAUUGUAGAAUGCCAAGGGAGCAUUAACAGUUAGCACUUUUGAAGGAAGCUAUGGAACCUUCAGUGUUAUAUUCCCUUAUUUCUUCAAGAAUAUAGUUUCCUCAGUCAAUUGGAUUCAUGUGAUUUUUUACAUUAGUUUAGUUUUCAUUUAUAACAUUUUAACUGCCCAAUGAUCCUUUGUUUCAGUAUCAAUAAAAAAAAAAACAUUGGUUUUUCAUUAAAAUGACAACUGUAAAAUCA